ACAAAAGCAGUCAAUGAACCGCAUAAGCUUCAGUGGGUCUUAAUUUUGGUCUGCUCCUCACAUAAUAUGGCUUCCACGAUUUGAAAUAACCUAACACGUGAUGUUUGCGUUCCCUUUUGAGGCUUUAUGUCAAGUAGAUCACCAUUCAUUGUCAAAGACAUUCUUCGAAACCUAUGCUUUUCUCAGAAGAACGAGCGCCAUGCUGGUUUGGAUCAACCUGAGGGCGAGUAAACGAUGACAGAACUUUUAUUCGCGGGUGAUCUAUUCCUUUAAAAGUCUGAACCACAGCUUUUCCAUAGCAGCAGGGCUGAGCCAGCUGCCAAUCAAAGUGACGUCAGUCUGGUUCGAGUCGCGCUGAUCGAGGCACAGCGCCGGUGCGCGCUCCGAGACCCCCGUUAACUGGGCGCACACGCAAGUGUCACCAUGAUCAGCCUUAUAUGGGGUGGAUCUUAAAUCAUAACUGCAAGAUGAAGACGUGAACAUACGGCACAUCCUUCUGAGCGCAGCAUCAUAGACUUCCCUCGCGAUCCUGAACGCUCCGCGCUGCACAAUACUACACUACGGCGCGGCCAGACUGCCUACAGCUGCCAGGCGGCUAGGCGGAGGCUGGAAGGGGGAACACAUCUAUUUUCUGCUGAUUAUAAUAAGCAACAAAAUGAAGCGGAGAAAGAUGGUGGUGGCGGCGGGAUUCUGCCUCUCGUUCCUCAUGGGCACGCUGAUGAAUUUAUUGUUUAUACCGGGAUUUGAGCCCCACGGCGAGCGCGUCCAUCGCCACCACCACCACGAGAACCGGCAGCAGCAGCCCGACGCGGACGCUCCUGCCCGGCUUCACGUCGACGAGCUGCCUCCUGUCGAAACGGCGACCGUCGGGCGACUCCCGGAGCUCCAGCGGCAAAUACGCGAGAGACUGGACGAGGUUCUGCGGUACCGGCAGAGACGGGCGCACUGGGUCGGCACCGGACCGCUGGAGCGCAGGCGACUCAUGGACCUGGAGCAACGCGGCGAGGGGGAAACAUACAAAGGGAUCGGGAAAAACAAUAAUUACGAUCAGUCUCAACCGACAGUAUCCAUAGCAACAAAAUCACACCGGGAGUUUACCCGCGAGCCGGUGCUCGGCUGCAGCAGUAUUGAUAACGUGACCAAUGUCCAGUAUCUGGGCUCAGGAUACACAAAGGCGGUGUAUAAGGCGACUCUUAACAGCAGCUUCUCCGUCGCAUUAAAAUCGGUGGAUUUUGGGGGUCACGAUAUGGAGAAUUGUGUGAAGAAAUAUGGGUCGUCUACAGACUGCUACAAACUCGCAUCCUUCAAAAUUGUCAAGGAAAUGACGCUGAUGGAGAGACUGCAGCACCCUAAUAUUCUCAAGCUGUACGGCUACUGCUACCAGGAUAACAACGAUAUAAAGGACACGGUGACGGCCAUCACGGAGCUGGGCAGCCCUCUGGAGAUGAUCCAGCUGCUGCAGACGCCCUGGGAGGAGAGGUUCAGGAUCUGUCUGAGUCUGAUGAGGCUGCUGCAUUAUUUGGCCCAUUCCCCGCUUGGGUCCGUCACCCUGCUGGACUUCAGGCCGCGGCAGUUCGUCCUGGUCGGGGGAGUGUUGAAAGUGACCGACCUGGACGAUGCCAGUAUUGAGGAGACGCCUUGCUCCCCAUCUUCUCCUUCAGACUGUCUCAUGGAGUUCCCUGCCCGCAACUUCACCCUCCCCUGCUACAAGGGCCAUUGCGAGGGUAUCAACGAAAAGAGAAACCUCUACAAUGCUUACAGAUUUUUCUUCACCUACUUGUUACCUCACAGUGCCCCCUCAGCACUGAGACCCCUCCUGGACAAAAUCGUCAACUCUACAGGGGAGCUGAUAUGGGGCACAGACGAAACUCUGGUUCACCUCGAAACAGUGCUGGAUAUCUACAGGAAUGGACAUUACCUCAAGAAUAACACACAGACACACAAAACAGAGUAUAAUUGUAUGUCAGAUGCCUCGAUAGCAGCUGAAAACUACCGCUGCUGGCCAUCCUAUCAGCAUGACGGAUGCCUGCUCUCAGUCUUCAGCGUCGAUGAAGCCAUUGAUGUGUGUGAGAGCCAUGCCCAAUGCCGGGCCUUCAUUAUGACCAAUCAGAGCACAUGGACAGAAUAGUAAAGCCAAAAUAUCCCAGUGUGGCUGCUGUCAUAGUUUGCCGAUGACCUCAUUUGGAGCCCGAGGCUGUACAGAAAUGAUUCGUUUGGAGCGCAAGUCUGCGAAGAAGUGAUUCAUUUGGAGCCCGAGGCUGCGCAGAAAUUAUUUGUUUGGCGCGCAAGUCUGCGCAGAAGUGAUUCAUUUGGAGCCCGAGGCUGCGCAGAAAUGAUUUGUUUGGAGCGCAAGUCUGCGCAGAAGUGAUUCAUUUGGAGCCCGAGGCUGCGCAGGAGUGAUUUAUUUGGAGCCCGAGGCUGCACAGAAAUGAUUCGUUUGGAGCGCAAGUCUGCGCAGAAGUGAUUCAUUUGGAGCCCAAGGCUGCGCAAAAGCUAUUCAUUUGGAGUACAAGUCUGUGCAGAAGUGAUUCAUUUGGAGCGCAAGUCUGUGCAGAAGUGAUUCAUUUGGAGCCCGAGUCUUUUUUAUUUAAAGUACAAUUCGAUUUUUUUUUUUUUUAGCUUGGCUCAUGUCCCAUUCAUUUAUAUGGAGAGGGCAGGGUUUAUGACCUAUACUGCAGCCGGCCACCAGAUGGCGAUCAAAAUGUUUUGGCUUCACAUUUUUAGGACUUGUGAGGCACACUUGGUUAGCGCACAAUACUAGUCUUCUGGUGAUCAAUUAAACAGGGGUGCAUUUCCCAAACCCAUUGUUACCUAAUUAUGGGCGCAAAUUCUGUUGAACUCUGUUGACAAUGCCAGAACUUGCGACCAUAGUAACUUUUGGGAAACACACCCCUGGACAGUUAUAACAGAUGGUUAAUCCAGAGAAAAAACUCUGAAAUACUCAGAAAUACAUCACAAUACUAAAGCAAAGUUGGUCGCAAUUUCUGGUUUAUGUUGACUUUAAUGUUUAAUAUGCUACCAUGUGUGGACGUGCUAACAUCAAACUAUAAAAUGCAAUUGUGAAUAGGGUUGGCACUAUUUAUAUGUUGCACAGAGUUUCUGCCUGUGUAGAGUGUUUCAAACUGGUCACUUGUGAAGAUCCAUUUCAGUUAGGAUGCCUUAGAGACAGCUGCCUAUGUAGACAAUAGACAGCAUGGCAGCUAAAUUUUGGAACAGAGCCACUAUAGUGUGUUGUAAUGUUAAUGUAAAUGUGUUCAUGGAUUUGUGUGAAUGCACGUCCUUUGGUAAAUGAUAAAUGUCGUCCUGAUGAGAGCUCUAACUGCCGUGACUGUCCACUCCUCACACCCCGCUCUCAUUCCUCUCUUCUCUCAGCACCACACUCAACAAAUGCAUGUAGACCAGCGGUUCUCAACUGGUUGGUCACAAACCCCAAUAUGAGCCGGAGAUCUGUUCUUACAGUCCAGUGGAACAUUUAAUGGCUCAGAAGUUGCUCUUUCAAAGCUCAAGAGAUGUCAGCAAGAUGUUUCAACUAAAGGUACUUAAGAGGAAUAAAACUAGACACAGAUGGGGCAAUGGUUGACAUAUAGAAGAAGUAUAGAGCUACAAGACUGAUGUGGAUAGCAUUUCUCUGAACAUUUCUCUUGAAAGAACUAGUUCAUAUUGAAAUCACUGACUUUUGAUUAAAGUCUUUGUCCUGGAAUCUGAAGAGUGAUCAUAUCUGACUAUGUGAAACUGUAGAGGAGACACAUGAGAUUAUUGGGUAUUUUUGUCAGCAAUUUUGUUUGCAAUUCUUUUUGUUGUUGGUCUCAAAACCUGCAGUAUUUUGGCUCAAAUGUAUCCAGCGUUUUAUAGAAGCGUAACGUGUUAGAUAUUAUUAAGUAGUGAAAUUCCAAAUUCAUGCAGAAAUCACUUUCAAACCAAGCAGCUUUCUGCUGGUCAAUGCUACGAAUCUGCAUGACCAACUUGAACCCGUUACGAAAUCUGCGUCCUGCUAAUUUUUCGCCUUCACUCGAAAUUCCCGAUUGCGUGGAUUCCUAUUGAAAUGACUUGAUUUCUACUGUGAAAAUUUGCCGAACAUCAGAAAAUGUGUCCGUACCUUUAGAUUCAAUGUUAUAGAACCACAGCACUCUCAUAUUUCUAUUUCUCCCAUUUCCUGUUUCUCACAUCCUGUCCGUCCCAUUUGUCCUGUCUUCCGUCUGCUGUUUUGUAGCAGGAAAUGGCCGUUCUUUCUCACAGCCUGUUUCACUCUGCUUGCU